UUUACUGUUGCCAAGGAGAUAGUCGCUUACAAUAAGCUUGCUCUUUGCAUUUGAUUUUCUAUAUUCCCGGUUUAUACGGAUAACUUUUUUUAACAAAUUAAAUAACAACAUUAACUUAGACGAUACCACUGAGCUCACCUAACUACAAUACAAAUCAUACUCGAGUACUAGAGGGAAAAAAAGAAAAAAAAAACAGUCACUGGAUUGUUGUAGUCAGUAGUGAAGUGACUUUGUUUCAAAACAUUACCUAAUCUAAAUUGAAAAGAUGGAAGAGGAAAUAUCUACUGGCAGUGACAACAUUGUUACAGAAUAUAAUACCUAUGAGGAUUUUCUGGACUCACAGAUAACUUCAUCUGAUUUAUACUAUCUUGAGGAUCAAGAGCUAGCAAGACAGUUAGUGGAGCUUGGUUACCGUGGAAGUGGGGAGGUACUCAAACGAGAUGAAUUUGAAGCCAGAAAGCAAGCAGCAGAAGCUAGCAGACUUUCAAAGCGUAGCCAGCAAAAAAAACUGGCCAGUGAUGACAAAGACAUUAAGGAACCACUUUUAUUGGCAUUAGCUGCGCGAGAAGCAGGAAACAGAAAUGGAAAAAUGACAUCAAUUGUUUUUAUAAGAGAUCGCAACUCCAGAGGCCAAGAGAUCUCAGGGUACAUUGAUUACGCUUAUAGACUGAAAACUGAAGAUUUUGAACCUUACUUUAGUGGAAAGAAAAGGCUUCUUCCCCGGCCAUCAGAUUUAAGUUUCUACAACUGGGAGACUGCAACAUCCACUUCAAACCCAACACCCAACUACCAAGUCAUCGCUGAGAAUGCAUCAGGGCUGCUGUUCAAAAACAAAAGAGACAGGAAGAUUAUCAAUGUUGACCCUAAGGCUCCAAAUCCUGGAGAUAAUUCAGAGCGCCACAUCAUCAGUACGAACAAGUACAUCCAAGUUGUCAUCUAUGACCACAUCAACCGCAGGAAAACGUAACGUCCUCAUACUUUGAUUAUGUCAACGUAACUUCCACUUAUUGCACAUUUUAUAUGUUGAUGUCAAGUUUUAUAGAACAAAACUGUACCAAUGGUUAAUUUUUUUCUUCAGUGUCAAUAUGAUCUAAUUACAACUGCAGUGCAAUUUAAUUUUUUUUUUUAAAUAUAGCUGAGUAAUGCUGAGUAAUGUUAAUACAACACUUUCAAAUGUAAAUAUAGGCAGCUAGUGAUUUAAAUUAUUUAAACACUAGACAAACUUUAUCAAUACUAAAACUAAGGGAUUAUAAUGUGUUGAUUUUUGUAAUGGUUUUUAUAAUAGUUUUUUUUUUCUUUCCAAGAAUUUUACAUACAUUUAAACUUUUUAAACUUAAACUUGCUCCCCAAAUUUAGAAUCAAGAGUUGUCACUCAUUUAACAUUAUUUAACUUAAAUUGCUUUAUUUGGGCUUUAAGAAUGGAUGUUUUUCUAUGUAUUGAAGUAAUUGUUAAUCACAAAUGGUUUUUCUAAACUGUCGAAAUUUGUCUAAAACAUUUUGUUGUUUGUUUUGUAAAACAAAAUGAAAUUAUAAUCUGUGUUGAUUUUAUUUUAAGUUAUUUUUUUUUAAUGGUUCAAGUGAUAAAACAGUUUUGAUGUCAACCUUUUUACAAUUGUUCUUUUCAUUUAAAGACUGGGUUAAGAAACUAUUAAACUGUAAGUUUAACUCAUUAUAUAUGGUAGAAGAAUUCAUAUUAUUAUUUACUCUACAAGUGCCAAGUGUUUGGAAAUGUGUUUAAAGUAAAACUUACAUAAAUCACACUCUCAAUCCAGCUUAUUUAUAAGAAAAAGAAAAUCCAUUUUACAAAAUAUUAUCCUCUUUAUUUUUUGAAAUACCACAUAGGAUGUUAGGCAAGAGCAGUUGAACAAUGCAUCAAAUAUUCUUUAAUCUUUAAAAAAAAAUGUUAUCAAAAUGUAUUUCUGUUAUGGAAGUUAUCACAAUUAAGCAUGAAAAAAGCAAAGUAAAAAAAAAAUGUACCAGUUAAAUGUUGAAUACCCACAGAUGAAUAAAUAUAAUAAGUGUGAAAGCCAAUUAUCUAUACACAUCUUUCUUUUCCUUUAUUGAUAAUGGUUUAUUUAAAGCAUCAUAUAUUAUAAUUCCAACUAUAAAAUCUAAAAAAUAUAUAUAUAUAAACAUGAAUGACAGUUUACAACAGAUCAAGUAAAGUAUUAUGCAUUUUUAAGGUGGUGAUGUAGAAAAAAAUGAGAAAAAAAUCCCUAAUAAUUAAAGCCCUUUGUUCUUUUGUAGUAACAAGUAGUCAUUACCAUAUUUAACAGCCCAUACAAAAUAUUAUUUAAAAUAAUAAAUACAAUAAAAAUAAAUUAAUGAAGGUGGAUUUCUAUUGUGUCCUCACUAAUACUUAACAUAUGAAAUAAAACUAGAAGUUGGUCCACUUCUGCAAUUCUUUGGUGAUUAAGCAAGUUUUUUUU